GAGAAGGAAAUAAGGGAGAGAUAGAAAGGUGAUUGCAGGGUGGGGUGAGGCUGUUAAUGACUGCCACGAGGAAAGGGUCACUAUUGAUGUUGUGUUAGCAGCGUGUACAGUAUAAUGACCUUGACCUUUUAGUGUAUAUUUCUGCCACUCUGAGUUUAUGAUUGCUCUGACAUUUGUGGCUCCGUGAUCUUUUCCGGACGACUUUUUUUUUUUAAUUUGACCUCUGACUGAGUUCCUGUGAAUGACCAUUUCUGACUGUGUGAUCUUUCUGACUGAGUUUUUCUGAUUAUUCGAGCUUCUGUGACUGUGAUCAUCUGUGACCAUUUGGCCUCUUUAACACAGCUUGACCAGAGAAUCGUAUCGUCCUCAGGUAUUCACAGGAGGCGAGCAUUAACUCUAGCCCACAGUUCAUGCCCUUCGUUCGCCCCCUCGCCCUCAACUUCGAGAACGCGUCAGAUCGAGGCUCAGACACCAAAUCAGACCGCACCAUGUUAGGUCAAGGCUUCGAUCUCAGACCACACCAGCCCAUGUUAGGUCAAGGCUCCGCUGAAGAUAGUUCAUCCCAGUUUAUAUCAUGUCGGGGUUCUGAUGCCAGCCAGAGCUUAGAGGAGGCAGUGGGGACCCUCAACUACCCUCCUGACGAGACCAGCGCCACUCAAUACUCGAUCAACUUUUCCAACUCCCCGUUCUCAGCCACAAUUUCUUCGCCGCUUCCUUGGACACCUUGGUCUGGCGGGAGGAAUACCUCGUCCCGGCCAACCACUCCUGAAGACAUAAGGGCCCUUGAGAAGACCCUCCGUAAACAGAAGCGCAUAGCCUGGUGCUUCGUAGUAUCAGCGCUGAUCCUGCUGGUGGUCACUGCGGCCACUGUCCUCGCCCUAGAGAUACCAGCACUCAAGAACAAGGAACCUGUCGACCCUCUCCCACAUGUCAGUAGAGUUAUUAUGGAUACCGUGUCUGAGAUGGUCAUGGAAACAACUGUGGGGACGAAAUCUUCCGCCGCCUCUUCCUCUUCCUCUUCCACGCCAGCCAGCACGGGGCCUUCCGUCUCCUCCUCCACCCCAGCCACGACUAUAAAUUAA